AUGACCAUUGCCAUUCCCCAAUUGCCUGCUGGAUGGACCUUCGUGGACAAGCACUACGUGAGACCUACAGUCGGCACUGAGUUUGACAUGGCCCGACUAAACCGCCUCUGUGAUGGCCAGUUCAACUUCUGCUUCGGUUUCACGCUCAAUACAGAUAUUCCGAAUCUUCCUGAGGCCGUCGUGGAGGCGUUGGUUCGUGUGAGAUUCUCUGCACCCCUGAUCGCGGCCAGUAUAGAGCCUCUCGCAGGGUCUCCAGACAAUUUUCAAUGGGUCUAUGCGCCGAUGAAGAGCAAAGACGAUGCUCUGGCGUGGGCCAGGGCGACUCUCAUCGUGCACGAAACGACUUCCACUGACGAGCAAGUGAUCAACUCCAUCACCGACAUUCGACUCCCCUACCAUAUUGGGGACAGGCGUGAGCAAGUCUUUGCUUGCCACCUCAUUCUCCGUCCAAACGGCGAGCACGCUCUGUUCAUGCAUGGGUCACAUGCUGUACUUGAUGCUCGACCCACUAUGCACACUCUUCGACACCUGUUUCAUGUCAUCGUUCACCAUGACGAUGAGCCUUGUCUUGACCAACUUCCGUACGGCGGCGAGGUCGCGAGCUUGCCGGUGGACAUUAUCCAACUGCUCGGCAAGGAUCUGCUGGAGGCAGCCAAAACGAGUGGGAUACGGCUGCCGGAGCAGCUCAAUAAGAACUUGCCUUCUAUCGGGCUCGCUCCCCAGCGUAAUGACAUCACGGCGCCUGCUCUGCGGGCGUGCGUUGGCGCCACCAUCAAUACCGACAAGCUACGUUCCGUGCUGUCGGCUCUUAAGGCAAUCGGGUUUAGCUUCACCUUGCUCUGCGACGCCGCGAUCGCUCUUACGACCAUCAAACGUAACUGUAACCUCGAUGCCGACUGGCAAUAUAUCCAUGACAAUACUAUAAUUGCUCUCCAGAGAUACUUUCCUUCCGGAUAUUCAGAGGAACGGCACAUCGCAUCGAGCAUGGCCUAUGUUCCACUCGUCCUCUCCCCUCAAAGUAUCAACAUGGACUCGCCGCUUUGUGACCAACUCGUGGAGGUUAUGUCCGCCUUGCGUAAGGAAUACACCGACUACUUCAGCCAGCCAGCCCUCCCCUUCGCCAAUAUUGUGGCUCGCACCGAGCUGCGAUCAUUGCCCUUGAAUCCACACCGCCCUUUCUUUACCAACAUUGGAGUCAUUGACAAGUUUGUCCCUUCCAUGUGGGUCGGCGGGAACAACGACAAGCUACACUUAGAGCUCGGGGAGCUCAAGUUUGGCCAUCGCAUCAUCAAUAUGCGGUGCCCAGUGAUGCAUGCAUGGACAUUCCGAGACGUAUUUCAUUUGCAGAUACAAUUCCUUGAUGUUUAUGAUAUGGAGUACCUUCAAUCGCUUCUCGACGAAAUUAUCACGACUAUGUUGGGCAUUGUGAACUAA